AUGAAUUUUACUUUAAUACAUGAAAUUUCUUAUAUAAUUAUAUUUUUUAAUUUUGAUACUAAGGUUAAUAAACUUAAUAUUUUAAUUUCUCAACUUCCAAAAAGUGAUCUAAAUGCAUAUGAGUUUAUUUAUAUUGAAGAUGAGAUUCUAGAAGAUGGACUUACUGAUAAUGAAAUAUUAGAUUCUAUAUUAAAUUCAAAUAAAUAUGAUGAUUAUAUUAAGUUAGACAAAAUUGAAUUUAUACCUAAAGUUAGUCUAAUAGAAGCAGAAAAAGCUAUAAGCAAAACUAUGAAAUUUUUAUAUGAGUAG